AGAGGAGCAGAGGCCAAUGUUGACCGAAGGAUCGGCUUGGAUUGGAUACCCUUGAGUCAAAUAUCUCAUGCUUAGCCUGCAGCCUUUUGCACUUCUCCCAAGAAGCCCUGGGGGGAGGAAGUUUCUGCCUAGGUUCCUGCCGACCUCGCUGAUGGGAAGAUGCAAGACGGGCGGAAAGCAGCAAGCACCAAAGGGAACCGGGCGCCGUCCGAUGAAGCAGCUGCUCAGCACCCUCUAGAUCCACUGAGACGCUUUGUGGUGUUCUUGGAAAAUUUUGCACCUUUUGUGAAUUCUCUGAACCUUGGCAUUGCUAGCCCACUCCUGUUGGGCCCUCCUCCUCCUCCUCCUUUGCAGCUUGCUCAGAUUAAGACACAGUUGGCUUUUCACCAGUUGAACUCGGUAGCUUCAACCCAUUCUAUAGCAUCUUAUGCUUUGUUAAAUGAAGCAUUUCUGAAAAUAGCCAUGUUUAACCCUAGAGGAAACAUGCCUCCAAGGCCGAGGGGACCUAAUGCACCUGGUCAGUUGCCGCGUGGCCCUUUUCCGGGGCCGGGACCUGGACCGGAUUGUCAUCAAAGGCAACACCCGUCUGCCCCUCCCAGAAUGCCUCAAAGGGUCAUGGAACCAGAAAUGAGGGCAAGAUUCCCAAGGCCAAAUGUUCAGGUCACGCAACAUGGAAUGGAUCCUAGACAAGAGCGGCACCAGAAGGAAGGGGGACAUGCUGCGCACUGGGACAAUCCAUUUCCGCCUGUACAUAGUAGCCAGAUGACUUCAGGAAAGUUUGCAGAACAAGCCACACGUAUCCAGAACCGUUAUACAACAGAGAGUGCUUCAAGCAUCUUAGCAAGCUUUGGCUUAUCUAAUGAAGACUUGGAGGAACUUAGUCGGUAUCCGGAUGAUCAGCUGACGCCAGAGAACAUGCCUUUAAUUUUGAGAGACAUCCGAAUGCGCAAAAUGACUCAUCAGUUACCAAGUUUACCUUCUCAGAGCACAGAAAAGGAAAUGUUUCACAGUGACGAUGGUUGUGGUACCAUGGUGAAGAGCAAGGUAAUUGAUUAUGGGCAUGAAAGCAAGUAUGAAUAUACUGAAGCUCCUCUUGAGGUCAAAGUCUACAAUUCUGAUGCAUCAACUGAGGGGAGCGUGAAAGGAUUUCCAACACAGCAGACGGCUCUCGUGUCUUCAGCGCUCUCCGGUGUAACCAGUAGUCAAAUGAAUGCGGUAGAAGAGCUGAUACGAAAGAUGGGAUUCCAGAGAAGCACACCAAGUACACAGUCCUUUUUCCCCAUGGAUGCUUCCAACAAGGGGCCAGGGCUAGGCCUCCCUCCAGCUGGAGCUGGGAUGCCUCCAGCAGCACCCCCCAUGAUGUCUCCUGUGGUACCAUCCAUGUCUGGGGUGCCAGUAUUGCCUGGGAUGCCCCCUGUUGUCCCACAGACUUUGCCUCCGCCAACUGUUCCUCAGCCCAUGAUGCCGCCUGUGAACCAACCACCUCCAACUAUGUACCAGCCGCCACCCCCUUUUGCACCUGAAAUGCUUGAGGGUGUAAACCAGCGUGAUACUUUUCACCAUGAAUCCAGGGCUCAUCCUUCUGAUGUUCCACAUGGACCUGCCAGUGGCCAGAAAAAACCCCAUAAGAAACCUCAGCAUCCUAUUGAGUCUCCUUUUGGUGUGGUAAAAGCCUCUUGGCUUCCAGUUUUUUCACAGGCAGAUGCCCAGAAGCUGAAGAGAUUGCCAACUCCGUCAAUGAUGAAUGAUUACUAUGCUGCAUCUCCAAGAAUAUUUCCACAUGCAUGUUCUCUGUGUAAUGUAGAAUGUAGACAUUUGAAGGACUGGAUUCAGCAUCAGAAUAGUACUACCCACAUUGAGAACUGUCGUCAGCUACGCCAACAAUUUCCUGACUGGAAUCCAGAAGCCUAUUCUUCAUCAUCAAAAAGACAUGAAAGUGACCGAAAGGAAAACCAUACGCCGAGGCGACGCUCUUGCAGUUCUAGUCCCAAACGCUCAAGACGCUCAAGCUCUGGCCACGCUUGGCGCCGCUCUCGCUCGCGGUCUAGGAGCCCUGGGCGCCGUAGACCCAGAAGUCGAAGCCCAAGAUAUCGGCAUGGUCCCCGGUAUAGGUCAAGGUCUCCACGACGCCCUCAUUUAUCUUCUUCACACUAUCGAAGAUCUUACAGCAAAGAAAGAGGAUCAAGAAGAUCCACCAGAUCUCCAGGUAAGGACUUGGAAGAAGCGGUGAAAUGUUUGGGUCCAAGUUUUGUUGAAGAGUACAACAAACAGAAAUCGCUCCAAGCGCUCAGCCGAGGGUGUGCUUUAAAGAGCAUACCGCUUGAGCCAGAGAAGACUCCUGGAAGUGUGAAGAAGACCCCAAGUCAUUCUACAGCUCCCCCAAAGUCUGUCAAGAAAGAUUUACCUCCUGGCUCAUCGGAUAUUGAUGUCCCAAACAAAGAUGGAGUCGUAGCUGAGGAAACAAAUGUUUCUCAACCCACUCCCUGCAGUCAGAUUUUAACAGACAAAGCCUUGAGUUGUGGUACAGUUCUUCGAAUAUCUGAUUUACCAGAUGAUGGCUAUACAGAUAACGAUAUUAAAAAAAUUGUUCAGCCCUUUGGAAAAGUUAGUAAUAUCUUGGUGCUUCGUGCUAAAAAUGAGGCCUUUCUUGAAAUGAAUUAUAAGGAGGCGGUAACAGCAGCUGUCAAAUAUGGUGAAACAGCUCCAGUCUUGGUUAAUGGCAGACGUGUGAAAAUAAGUGUCGCAGAAAAGUCCAAAGUGGAUCCCAGCCUGAACAAAGGAAAUGAAAAGAAGCCAUCACAGAGUAUCAAGAAAGCUCCUGUAGGUGCACAGCUUGUUAAACCUCCCCCAGACUCUCAGAAUGCCAAGAAAGCUCCCCCAAGCCCAAAGGAUGUCAAGAAAGCUUCCCCAAGCACGCAGAAUGUCAAGAAAGCUCCAUCAGGCACACAGAGUGUCAAGAAAGCUCCAUCAGGCACACAGAGUGUCAAGAAAGCUCCAUCAGGCACACAGAGUGUCAAGAAAGCUGCAUCAGGCACACAGAGUGUCAAGAAAGCUGCAUCAGGCACACAGAGUGUCAAGAAACCUUCCUCAACCUCCCAGAAUGUCAAGAAAGCCCCAGGCUCACAAGAUGCCAAGAAGCCUUCCACAACCUCCCAGAACGUUAAGAAAGCUCCUUCAAGCUCACAGAAUGUCAAGAAUUCCCUUGCAAGUGCAACGAAAGAUCAAACUGCUGCAAAAAAGUCCUCGGCAGCUGUGUCACUGGCCACUGCCUCAAAUGAUGACAAAAAGUCUGGAGACUCUCGGAAGGCCGGAGAGACAAAAGUGGCUGUAAAACCAAAAAAGGCUGCAGAUCUCAAAAAGACCACAGGAGCAAAAACAGGUGUGAAGCAAAAGAAGCCUACAGAUCCCAAGAAGCCUGAUGGGGUCCCAAAAGCUGCAGGAAGCAAGGUGACAGCAGAACCCAAGACAGCUGUGAAGUCCAAGGCAAACGAGACUGGAGGUACAAAGGCUGCUGUGAAACCGAAGAAUCCUCAAAGUGGUUCCAAGAAGCCCGAGGAAGCCACAAAAGCUGUAGAGAGUGAGAAGACGUCAGAACCCGAGGCAGCUCUAAAAUCCAAACCCAAGGAGACCAGCCUACCUGCAGAAGUGCCAGAUGUGACAGAAGUUGCAAAGAACAUUGAAGCAAGUGAAUCGGUCACCAAGGAGGCAGAAGAGAUGUGUGUGGUUUCGAUUUCUAACCUGCCUCCUUCAGGAUUAACUCCAGAUGAGAUUUCCAAUUUAACCAAGCCCUUUGGAAAAGUGAAAGAUAUGUUAAUUGUAUCUUCACAUAAAAAGGCAUACCUAGAAAUGGGUUGCAAAACUGCAGAGUCCAUGGUGCAAUUUUAUACCUGCUUUCCAAUGUAUGUGGAACAGAACCAACUGAGCAUUACUUUGGCACCUGAAUUCAAAGAUAUAAAAGAUGAGGAAGCUAUAUUUGUUUCUAUGAUUAAAGAUGUCAAUCCAAAGGUGAAUACAGAAAAUCUCCAUUCACAUUUUGUGCAUUUGGGCAACCUGCCAGAUAAGGGAUAUUCAGAACUCGAAAUACUUUGUGUUGGACUUCGAUUUGGACGCGUAGAUCACUACAUGGUGAUAGCAAAUAAGAACCAGGCCAUCCUCCAGUUGGAUAGUGCUGAGUCGGCUGCAUCCAUGUGCCGCUUCCUGAAAAGGUAUCCACACAGCCUUGGAAAAUCACGGUUGACAUUCUCACGCUCACCACAGAUUGAACCGACACCAGCUGAAGUCACAAGAAAGGAGGAGAUGAAACAAGAACCAGGCAACGAAAGCCCUGACUUGAACACAUUUCCCGAAGGAUCAGGAGUGGUGCACCCAGCUGCUGUUCCUUCACCAAAGCCUCCUGAGGCCAAGGAAGAACCAAGUUCUGAUCAGAAGCCUAGGAUUCCAGAAGGGAAGACUGAAGAAGACUCAAGGCCCAUUGAGAAAGUGGUGUGUGAAGUAGCAUCAGAACCAUCAAAGACAGAAGGGUCAGAAGAGGAUUCUGGAGUUGGAGCAACAACCACACCUACUAUGCCAGUUGAUUUAGGAUUACCUGAAGUAAAAUCCGAAAGAGUUCUUACUUUGCCAUCCAAUUUGGAGAAGGAAGAAAAAAUUACAGACCCUUCGAACGAUGAAUUUCUGGAAAAUGCACCCGCAGCUGCUGGGGAAAACAAAAGUGAAGAAUUAGCCACUCCUGUUGGUAAACCACGGGAAGAAUUACCCAGCAUGACUGAAGCGGAGAGCAUAGGAGUAGACUCUGUCACGACCGUGGAAGGAGAAGACAUAGUUGCUGCCACCUCUGAGACAUUUCCAGUGGACUCUGCAGAAGUUGCCGUGGAGGAAGUGUCAAGUGGCGACGUGCAGUCAGAUAACAAGCCAAUAACCCAGGAGGCAGAUAGUACUGAAGCGUCACUCAAUAUAUCAGAAAUACCUACAUACCAGGUCAUUGGUGGGGUGAUAGACAAGGAAUCUGAAAUUCCCUGUUCCACAGCUGAAGCUAAUAUAGUGGUGGAAUCUGAGGCAGCGGCGCUGGAAGCUGUGGAAGUCACAGAGGAGAAACCUGAAUUACAUGUAGUCAAGACGGAGACAACUUUAGAGAAGCAACCUGAAAGGCUGGUAUCAAAUGAUGGACCAACCAAGGAGGAGAAACCUGAAAAGAAUACAGACGACAAGAUUCCUGAACAAAUUCUCCCCAAGGCACAGCCCAGCAAAGGACCGGGAAAAGCGGCUGAGUCCGUCAGUCUUGCAUCAGAAUCAGCAUCCAGUGUGGAGACUACUUCUGUUAGCGAAAGUACCCUAAAGACUCUGGUGUCUGUCCCAAAUGUAUCCAAGACGAGGGCUUCGACUCCGAGAAAAGAGGAGCAGAACCCUCCUGCGAAGCUGGCAACCAGGAGCCGCACAGUCGCUGAAAAGAAAGUGGUGUCAAAAGAAGCGAGUCAGCAAAGACCUCCGAGCGGCAGGUCAAAUUUGACAGAUGGCGGCAAGCCUAAGGCCAACGUACGUUCUCUUGUUAAGUUAGGCAUUGGGAAGAGUUCACCGCUGCCAGACAAGGACUCCCCAGUGGAAACUAAGGGUAGCUCAAAGCAGACCCCGGAGCGGGAGAGUAGAUCAUCCAGUGUGAAGCGAGACAGCGGCAGCAAUAAGGUACCUGCUGGGAGAACUACUAGAAGUUCUAAAAGCUGCACAAAACCAAAAGAGGAAGAAGAGCUUUCUCCAUUUAACUUGGGUGAGUUUGUGACCAUGGAUGAAGUUCUAGAGGAAGCGGACUCCCCCACUCAGCCCAGGAGAAACCCUGUGCGGGGCAAAAGGAAGGAUCAUGCCAAGAAAAGCCUUCCUUCCGAGCCGAGCUCCAAGAAAAGGAAGGCCAAGAGCUCUGCACACGUUGAUGAAAAUGAGCUUUCCUUUGUUACUCUGGAUGAGAUUGGAGAAGAUGAAGGUGGAAUGUUGCAGGCUGAGCUUCUGAACUUGGAAGCCGUGCCAGAUUCCCAGACUUUGGUCACGGUGGAUGAAGUGAAUGACGAGGAGGAGUUGAUGGAUGAAGCGAUCAAAGAUCCACAGUCACUUGUUACUUUAGAUGAGAUAUCAGAGCAAGAAGACCCUAAGGAUGCCUUUGCUUUAGGGGAUAAUGAGUCGGAUCUUAAAGCAGAGCCCUUAGUCACCGUGGAUGAAAUUGGAGAAGUGGAAGAGAUACCGCUAAGUGAGCUGUCACAAUUCAAGGUUGACGAAACCAUAAAAUCCAGAGCGGGUGAGAAGCAGGUUGUUGAGGAUCCUGGAGAGGACCCUGGAGAUUUCCUUUCUUCUCAGAUCCCAGAAGAUCCCAGCACUCUAGUUACUGUGGAUGAGAUCCAUGAGGACAUCGAUGAUCAGCCUCUGGUGACUUUGGAUGAAGUGGCAGAAGAUGACGAAGACUUCCUGGCAGACUUCAAUCGCUUGAAAGAAGAUUUUAACUUUGUCACUGUAGACGAGGUUGGAAGUGAGGAUGAGGAAGAGGGGAAAAGUGACUCUCCUCCCCCUGCAGAAAUGAAAGAGUCAGUUGCUGAAAGUAUAUCAGGAGAAGAGGUUGUCAUGGCAGUAGCUGAACCAGAAGAGGAUGUGGCCAAGUCAGAAGAAGUUGGAACUCCAGGUGAAUCUCUGGCCGAGAAGAGAGAGCAGGCCUCGAAAGAGCAACUUGAAGGAACUGAGGCUCAGGCAGAGGAGCCUCAAGAGGAGACCUGCAUUUCUGUGGUCGCCACAGUUGACAAGCCGGCUGCCUUAACAGACACAGAAAAGGAUGAAGGAAGAGAUGAAGAAACAAGCCAGGCGCCUGAAGCUGACACAGGGUGUGAGCAGCCAGUGGCAGAACCAGUAUUGAACCAGGCAGAAAUGCCAGAUAGCGAGAGCAGUAUGAGGGAGGACCAGCAACCUUCUGAGCCGGAUAGUCUUGGAGAGGGUGCUGUUGCUGGAGAAGCUGAUACGGAAGUUGAAGAAAGCUCUGCGUCCACUGCCAGUGAGGAGAAAACGGGAGAAAAUGUGCAGAUGCCUUCCUCAGACGUGAGUGUUUCUGUGGUGGACAGUCAGGCUGUGGACACGGCAGAACUGGACACAAAAUCUGAACCUCAAGACCAGGUUCCCAGUGCAGAUUUGAAGGAGGAGAGCUGCAGUGAGGUGACGUCCUCACAACCUUCUGAGAAGCCUGAAAAAGAUUUGAGUGACUCAGAAUGCGAGGAACCAGAGUCUAAACGGAGAAAAAUAGAUUCUUCAGAGACAGGCAAGGCCCCAAGCCAGUUGAAAGAUUUGGAUUUCCUUGUCCCAAAGGCUGGCUUUUUCUGUCAGAUCUGUUCCUGUUUCUGUGUGGAUGAAGCAUCUAUGAAAACCCAUUGCCAAUCUCAGCUCCACCAGGAAAAUAUGGAGAAAUUCAUGAUCAAGAGUACGGCGGAGGAAAAGAAAAAGGAGGGUGACGGGGAAGCCGAGGAACAGAGCUCAAGGUGAUACGAAGACAGGAAGAGCCUCCCCAAACUUCACUUAGGGUCCAGUCAGUUCUGUGUAUCGUGUUCAUGUUUCCUUUUGUUCCUUUGAAGAUUUCCAUGUUGUAUAUAGUUUAUUCAGUAUAGGUGGACUGAUCAAAUUGUGCGGUGGCUCUGGGUUGCUGUUUGCAAAGAUGCUGGAUGGGUUCAAAUAAAUGUUCCUGCUGUGCUGCCGGCACAGAUGUA